AUGGCGCUGAAGUCAAGUGGAGUUGCCGAUUCACCAAUGAGAAGCAUGCUGGCUGGAAGUGGUAGUUGGGCGAUCGACGAGGGUGGCGUGGCGACAGGGAAGAGGGGGAGCGUCGUCACUGGUAAGUGCCUCCACACGUACACCUUGGGAGACGACUCAGACGACACUCUGGGAGACGACUCAGACGACACUCUGGGAGACGACUCAGACGACACUCUGGGAGACGACUCAGACGACACUCUGGGAGACGACUCAGACGACACUCUGGGAGACGACUCAGACGACACUCUGGGAGACGACUCAGACGACACUCUGGGAGACGACUCAGACGACACUCUGGGAGACGACUCAGACGACACUCUGGGAGACGACUCAGACGACACUCUGGGAGACGACUCAGACGACACUCUGGGAGACGACUCAGACGACACUCUGGGAGACGACUCAGACGACACUCUGGGAGACGACUCAGACGACACUCUGGGAGACGACUCAGACGACACUCUGGGAGACGACUCAGACGACACUCUGGGAGACGACUCAGACGACACUCUGGGAGACGACUCAGACGACACUCUGGGAGACGACUCAGACGACACUCUGGGAGACGACUCAGACGACACUCUGGGAGACGACUCAGACGACACUCUGGGAGACGACACUCUGGGAGACGACUCAGACGACACUCUGGGAGACGACACUCUGGGAGACGACACUCUGGGAGACGACUCAGACGACACUCUGGGAGACGACACUCUGGGAGACGACUCAGACGACACUCUGGGAGACGACACGCUGGGAGACGACACAUACGACACACUGGGAGACUGA